AUGGUUGCCCUCAACUCCACAGUCGAAACACAAGAAUCCGCCCUAUUCACAGGCGCCAUCCUCACCACCACAAAAUCCAAAAGCGGCACGUACCACGUCCGCCAGAACAAACAAUCCUCGUCGCUGAACCUCUUCGGCAGACCACCAAAAAACGAGUGGGCUUCCUUCAACACCACCAUCGGAACCAUCAAUGUCACCGGGACAAUCAACCACCUCAGCUUCGACACGGUCAUGGAAGUGAGUAUUGCAGGUCUCUGCGUCGGGGCGUUCACGGGGAACCCGCAGUUCUCGUUCAAGGUCGAUGUUGAUCUGGAGUGCGCGAAUGGAGAGCUCCAGCUCACGGCUGUGGGGGAUGAUAUCUGGCUCAAGGUUGAUAUGGACUUGGUGCAGGUCGGGAAAGAUAAAAAGGCAGAGCGGGUGAAGCUAUCCGAGUCGGUUUGUGUGAAGAGUCUGCCGCAGGAGUUGUGUGAGCCAUGGAUGCCGAUGCGGUAG